AUGAGUUCCGGAACAAAGAGAAGAACUGCCAAGGAAGUUAGAUUUGGAGCUUAUGUGUUGGGAUCUACGGUUGGUGAAGGCGAGUUUGGCAAAGUCAAACUCGGAUGGCGCAAAGAUGGCAAACAGCCGUCCCAAGCUGCCAUCAAACUGAUCCGUAGAGACUCCAUACCCAAGGGCUCUGAAAAGGAAAACAAGGUCCACCGCGAAAUUAACGCUUUGAAGAAACUGGCACAUCCCAACAUCGUGAGGUUGGAAGAGGUGCUUCAGAACGACAAAUACAUCGGAAUUGUGCUGGAAUACGCCUCCGGAGGUGAACUUUUCGACUACAUUCUCGAACACCGGUACUUGAAAGAAUCUAUGGCCAGUAGGCUGUUUGCUCAGCUGGUUUCCGGAGUCGACUACAUGCACGCAAAGGGGAUCAUCCACAGAGACUUGAAGCUCGAAAAUCUCUUGUUGGACAAACACAAAAAUAUCAUCAUCACAGACUUUGGGUUUGUCAACACUUUCAGAUCCACAGACUUGAUGAAAACAAGUUGUGGCUCCCCCUGUUACGCAGCACCAGAAUUGGUCGUCAGCAGCGACCCGUACGAAGGACGCAAAGUCGACGUGUGGUCCUGUGGUGUGAUCUUGUACGCUAUGUUGGCCGGUUACCUUCCCUUCGACGAUGACCCUCAGAACCCUGAUGGUGAUAAUAUUGCCAGACUAUACCAUUACAUCACCAACUCACCAUUGACGUUCCCCGAAUAUAUCCAGCCUACGCCAAGAGAUCUGCUCCGCAAAAUCAUCGUGCCGAACCCGAAGAAACGUAUAGAUCUCAAGCAAGUCAGGGCUCACGUGUGGCUAGCUCCACACGCUCCGUUCUUGUCUGUCACGCCCGCAGAGUGGGACAGAAACUACACCAGAUCAAGACAGCCUGUCGCAUCGCAGGAUAAGAUUAACAGAAGAUUAUCGCUCAUGGAAAACCCAAGUUCGGCGUCUCUCAUGCUCAACAGACCACACAGCAAGUCUUUUGCUUCGAAACCUAAUUCCGCAUUACUCUACUCUAAUCCUGCAGCACCUCAGACCUCUCGCGCUGUCGCUAUUUCAUCUGGUCCUGACAAUUUGCAUUCUCCAACCUCCCCACACGAGUUCUACCGUACUGGACGCGAAAAAGCUGGCUCUUCCGCCAGCCUGGUGCUACAGGCCGUUGUGGAAGCUGACAAUUUCGAAGUUUCUCGAAGAAACAGUGUCCAAGGUGACAAGCCUAAUUUCCCAAGAUCUGCCACAUUCCAAGAGGGUACUAGACCUUCGCGUAGCAGCAGUUUGAUUUCGAGCAGCGCACCACCAAACUUCGAACCUAUUGCGGAAACACCCAUGUCUGUCGGCGACACGCCCAUGCCACCACCUUUGCUCCCACCAGUGCCAAGAUCGGGUGGCUCUCAGAGCCCAACCUCGGCACAAACAACGGCAUCUUUCUCCUCCAAGCUUCCAACGCGGUCCAACAGACCACGGCCCAUGUCGUACCAUCCUGCCAGUGCUUCUUCCGGCUACAUGUUCCCAUCACCUGACUUGUCAUUCCUUGUUCCAGCAACUUCGUCUGAAACUAGUCUCACCCGACCAUUGUUUGAGAAGGCCAGUUCCGGCUCUUCAUCUCCGGUGAAGGAACAUAGAAACUCGUGGUGUCAACCUACUGAGCCUAUUGUUGAUAUGGCUAGUGCCAGUGGUGUUCUCACUACACUGAAGGAUGCGGCCGAAAAAGAGGAGGCUGCCGAGCCAAUGAAGGAUUCCGAGAAACGCAGAAGUGCUGCAUUGGACUCACUUUCCAACGCGAUCGAUAUCUUCUCCAUUUCGUCCACGACGACGACUCCAAACUCGCCAUUGAUGUCGGGCGAAUCUACUGCCAAGGUCGAGACUAUGAAGGAGGUCAAGAAGGAGGAAGUAAAAGAGACUACUGUGCCAGCCCAGGAACAGGAGAAAGAGCCAGAGUUGCAAAGCGUGUCUUCUCCAGUCAAGGACGACACCAUCAGAGAGUUGCCAAUUGCCGACGAUCUGAUGCAGCUCAAAUCUCAGAUCGUGGGGUCCUCCGGCAGAGCGUCGACGCCGAGCCGCCAGUCGAGUAUUUCCGAGCGCAGCAAGCACGAGAAAGAGAAUCGGAACAGCCGCAAAAGUUCCACCUCGACCUCUGCCCCUGCACCGAAAUUCAAGAGAUUCAGCAUGUUAAGUUUCUAUUCCCACAACAAUCUGUCGCAGGAGCUACGUCCACCACCAUCGUCGCAGUCUGUCCAGUCUGCUCAGUCUGCCCAGCCUCCACGCAAGAUCUUGGAACCAAGCAACAAGAAAGACGAUGUGGCCGAGCGUCGUAUGACCAUGGGGGCUCGCAGAGAAAAAGACUCGACGGCCAAGAGAGUGAUGGACUUCUUCAAACGGCGGAGUGUGAGGAUCUAA